UGUUUUUUCUUUUUUCUUUCCUCCUUUCGCUCUCGCCGAUUGGUCGUUUCGCUUGGUGUGACGUCAGCGGCGGGGGGAUAGAGAGAGGCGAGUGGUCUGUCGUCAAAAGUGAUGUAGACUUCAAAGCGAGCGAUGGCUUUUCUACACGGGACCAUUUUUGUGAUGAUUUUCGCCACCCUGUCCGCGCGACUUCAGGAGGAAUGCUCGACGGAAUGCGUGCAAAGGGGGGUGUCUACAGAAAGAAGCUUUCAGUUGAAUUGCAACGACACCUGCAAGCUGCAACAGUGUCAUUACGGUUGUGAAAGGUGGAAAGAAGGGCACGGACCUCUGUGUCAUGAUAUCUGCCAAAGCAAAACUCGUGCAUACCAAACCGGGUCUUUAUAUUGUAUUUUGGGGUGCAAUCUCGCUAUAACGUCCUACAUACAAAAUCUUAAAAACCAGAUCGGCCUACCGGCGGCUCCCGUUUUAUCUGCCGAAUUACCGACCAACGACAGCAUCACCAUUCAGUGGACUAAGGCGUCGUACGAUAACAUAACAUAUUUAGUUCAGUGGAAAUCUGAAGUGUUUGCAUACUUUCAGUUUCGCAUAGCUUGGAUACUCCUACCCGAAUACACACCGAUUUUAUCAAAGGAGAGUGUCGCUAUUUCGACUUUACCUUACGGAGCACCGGCUAGCAGACCCAUUAUUACUCGAUUAACUGCCGUGAGUCCCACGCACAUAUCAAUUAGUUGGAAUCCUCCCUUAUUCCCUAAUGGCCCCGUUUUGUCUUACGUGCUCUACCUUAACGAACAUCCCAAAGGAUACAGUUCCAUCAAGGAUGUGAAUGGUAAUUUGAGAGAGUUGUACUACAUGUUCAAUAAUUUGAAACCUCAGACCUUGUACAAUGUAUCAAUCACCACCAGGAAUAAAUUCGGUGAAGGACCGGCCGACGUCAGAUUUAUCGAAACGCCGCCUCCUAAAAGGGAAAGUAGAGAUAUUCUCCAGCCAUUCUUCAUCUUGGCAAACAAAGGAAAGUUACUGAAACAAAAAGUUAGAUUCUCGGAACUGUCCGAUAUCGUUUACGACACUAACAACCCCUUUGUCAUCAUCAAAGGAGUCGCCAUACACGUAAAGCAGAAUUUAGUUUUUAUUUCCGAUUCAUCCGGGUCCGUAUAUUCGAUAUCCAUGAACGAUUUUAAAAACGUGAAGACGAUCAUUACCAGGAGGCCAACUUUGCCGGAAGUUCUCUCCAUGGAUUGGCUAAAUAAUAAAUUAUAUAUGGUAGAAAAGAACCAGAUUUGUUUGGGUCUUCGUAAUAAACAUAAACCCGCCCAAAAGGACAUAGGUGUGUACAUGUUAACAUGCAUUCACUAUGAAUGGAGGAAAGACAUGUUUCUCUAUUGGAUCAAUACGAAUGGUGACAUUGCCGUGCUUCACAAAGUCGACCUCGUUUUGUUAGAAAACGGACCUGUGUGGCUUCAAAACACUCAAAAGAUUUUGGAAAGCAAACAGCCUAUUGUUUUCACCAUCGAUUACAUAAAUUUUAGGAUAAUUAUUUCUAAAUCCAACAUCAAUACUGUUUUCUCCCUGUCUCUGGACGGUACAGAUGAGAUCGACAUCAGGAAAAAUUCUCAAAAUCCGAUGUUCUCUAACAUCAAAAGUCUCGUUCUGUAUAACAAUCUCCUGUUCUGGGAAUCCGGAGAGAAAGUUUUCGGAGAAGAAUAUAAUGCUCAGAAUAAUAAAUAUUACGGAAAUAAUGUGUAUUUUCUCAUGAAUACGGGACCUUUUUCCAAUUUGAACAUAUUUCAUCCCAACAUUCAACCGUAUCCAGUUCCCUUAGAUCCCGUGGAAGACGUACAAGUCAUCUUUGAUGAGGAAAUCGGAAAAAUUUCUUGGAAGAAACCAAAAUUGUUAAACAUUCUUGGCAAAGGCGCUUGGCAGCAAUGGCUUUACGAAGUGCAGUUGCUGAAUCACAUUAACGGAGUAAAGAAAAUCGAAACCAACGUGAGCAGUACCAGUUACAUAUUUUAUAAUUUGUAUCCUAACACUUUAUACUCGGUAAAAGUGAGAGCCUUCAGUCCGGGCGGAAAAGGACCUUGGUCGAAAGAAUUUUCUGGGAAGACUUUAAAGCCUGGAACUCUUGGAUAUCCAUACAUCAUCUGGAGUACCGGUGGAAAGUUAGCUACCUCAAACUUACUAGGCGAUAACAUUAGUCCUCUAAUUCUUGCUUCGUCGUUCGAUCAAGUUCAUAUCACAGAUGUCAGUUGGUAUAAUCAGAUGGUAUUUCUCGUCACCAACAACAGUAAUAUUCAUACAUAUAACAUGAAAAGCAAAUUGUUAACUACACUACCAAGCUUUUCUAAUGUUACUAGCAUCGCCAUAGAUUGGCUUGCACCGAAACUUUAUUGGUCUAGUCCCUUAAGACAAAUGAUAUCGAGAGCAAAUUUAGAUGGAAGUGACCCCGAACACUUCCACAUAAUUACAAUUGCAAGAGAGCUCACUGUAGAUUCAUUAUCAGCUUAUAUAUAUUGGGCAACGGCUCAUAGCAUAGAAUUUUCGAGACUGAAUGGUGUGCAACAUGAAGUAUACUUUCAAACAAGUUUAUUUUCUGGAAAAUAUGUUAUAGGAUUAGCUAUAGACUACGACGGCCAAUCCAUCUACUGGACCCUAAGAAGCUAUGAAGGAACUACUCUGUACAAAGCUCCGCUUGCAAGUAGAAUUAAGGCAAACAUACAGAGAUAUGUAGAAACAAUUGCUUCCCUGGAAGCACAUGAUGUUUCUGGUCCUUUCGGACUUUAUAGUGAGAGGUUAUUUUGGUUAAAGGAUGGACAAAAGGCCAUCAUUAGUAAUUUAACAGGGCAAAAUAUGGCUUAUCUAAAGGGACUAGAGUCUUAUAAACUUCAAACUCUUACCGUCGUUGACCCUUCUCUUCAUUACAUACCAGGAAAGGACAGGAGUAAAAUCAACGUAAUUCCGUAUGCAAUUCAAGAAAAUCAGGUACAAGUUAAUGGUUUGUGGGACAGAUUUAAUAUCACUUGGAAUUUGGAAAGCGGCGUUAACUACGGAACAGUUUAUUACGAAAUGAAAAUAGAAACCGAACGGAAAUCAUUUACAUUUAGUACCGAACAAACGUUUUAUCGAUUUCCAACCGAUACUAGAUUACCUCCAUACACGCCAAUAAAAAUUGAAAUGAGAGCCUUUACAUUUUGGGCAUCAUCUCAAAAAACUUCUUUUGUUUUACAUUCGCCAAUGUCGGUUCCAUCGCAACCAGUAAAUCCAAGAGUUUUUAUCUCAUACAAGAGACCUGAACCACACAAAAAUCAAAUCGAUGCGGAAUUUAGAUGGAAGCCCCCGGUUCAUCCAAACGGUAUUAUUCUUGGGUAUUUUAUCAAUUGCUGGUUUGCUCAUGGCGAUCACAACGUUUCAGUGUCAAGUGACUUUAAGCUGAAUGGAACCGUUUUGAAAUUUCAAUUACCCGAUCUCCUGCCCCGCACUACUUAUUAUUUUCAAGUGUCUUGUUAUACUCAAGCUGGAAUCAGUCCACCCAGUGACAUAGCCAAGGCGGAUACUUCGGUAGAAUUACCGGUGCCGAAACUACUUUUGGCUAAAAAUGAUGCAGUUAAGGUCACAGACAUCGACACUCAGGAAGAACAGUUGCUGUCUAACAAAGUUUCGCCACCUAUUGAUGUUGCAUGCCUGAAUAACGAGGAUAAAGUGUUCUGGAUUGAAGAAAAUGGUUCUUUGAUGACAUCUAACAUCAACGGCACUAAUACAAUUUUGAUCCGGAAUCUUCCGCAAAAGAGCACGAGUUUGACCGCAGACUGGAUUACUAGAAAAUUGUUUUGGACUCAAGUGGAAGAUAAUGUCGGCAGUAUAUGGGUUUUGGAUUUGAAUUAUAAUGGCGAACCCAUAUCGCUUAUCAAUAAAUUGUCAUUUAUAGCAGCCGUCGAAGUCGAACCCUUUACUGGGCAUUUAUUCUGGACACUCAUUAAUAGAAACGGUAUCGGUCAGAUGAUGAUUUCGGAUACGAACGGACGAAACAUUCGUCCCUUCUUUUCACAAAACGAUUAUUUAUACUACAAUAGAACUCACAGAUCGAAGAGGGAGAAGUGUAACUGCCCUGUCGCUCCUAGAGUAGGAUCGGCAAUAGCUAUCGACUAUACAGAAAAAGAUCCUAAAGUCAUAUGGGUAAACGGUGAACAGGGUCACAUAUGGUCUUCAGAUCUUCGAGGCUGCACUUGUUAUCCUCUACUGACGGCAUUGCCAAAUAAAGAUAUAGGAUUGCCACCUACUUCAAUCGCCGUCGAUAAAAAUAAGUUAUACUGGUCAAAUUCUGCUAAAGGUAGAGUUUACAGUGUACCCAAAAACAUAAGAGUGUCUAGUGAUCCGGCUGCCCAGCAUUCGCAGUACUAUGAUAUCACAUUUGAAGUUGUCGGAAGAGUAAGAGGUAUUAGGGCAGUUGCCGAUUCUCUUCAGCCUCUACCAGAUGCCGAAUGUUUAUUUCCGGAAGAGUAUAAUGGAAUCGCCUCAUUGCGUUCUUCCACCGCUUCCAGUUUUAUUCUGGAUUUGGAACCUGCGACGUUGCCUUCGUCUUGCCAAAACAUGUCACCUUCAUCCAUUCUGUAUACCAUUUAUUAUGGAGAAUAUUAUUCUGAUAGAGAGAGCUGCAUGCGGAAUUAUACAUUUUUAUGUUUACAUUCGAAAACUUAUAAUACAACGAUAACAAUUAAUAAACUUCAGCCAUUUACAAAUUAUACUGUUCGGGUGGCCAUAAGUAACUUCUAUAGUCAACAAACUGAAAUUGUAGGUCCGGUUACAGUUUUCCAGACUAAAGAAGGAGGUCCAAUCCCAGUUCGUAAUGUCAGAGCCAUCACAGUUGCACCUAAUCAAAUAGAUGUCUUUUGGGAACCUCCUAGAAUGGUAAAGAGCGGUCCACUGAGAUAUGAACUAAGAUGGAGAUCAGACGUUAAGAACAAGAGUUCGGAAUCUGCCAUUUCCAUUAGCAGAUCAUCGCUUUUUAACAAACAAUAUAAUGUCUCCCUAAAAUAUCUUCAUCACGGUACAAGAUAUUACAUUGUCGUCAGAACGUAUACCAAUAGCGGAGACAUGUUUAGCGACAGUUAUGAAGCCACUGCCACGACUUAUCAACUACCUUCUGAUUUAGUUCUAAUAAAAGUCACUUCAGAAUCAUUCCUUCUGCAGUGGAGAUCACCAGUGGAUAUAAUUCACACUCAUGCACUGGAAGUUACAAGGAUUGCAUCUAAAGAAAUGUUCUUUUAUAAAACAUAUCAAACAAACUCCGGGAUUCUCUACAACUUUACCGUUGAUAACUUAUUAUCGAGAACCCAAUACAGAGCGAGGCUUAUUCUGACUUAUUAUCCUCAUUAUGUCACUUACAUCCAUCCUCAAAAUGAAAAAGGCUUCAUUUUUAAAACUGUGGGAGAUAAACCGGGCAUACCAGGUGCGCCAUUUGUUAGGAAGAUCAGAGCGGGAGAUUACCAAGUAAUCUGGGAAGGAGUAAGGAGAUUUAACGACGAAUUUUUGACUUACGAAUUACAGUUUAGUCCCAUAGGUGACGACGACAGUGUUUUAAAUUGGAAAACCGCAACCAAUACAUCAAGUACAAACUGGAUAAUUGAGGAGUUACCAGUCAAAGUUACUUACUUGUUUCGCGUCGGUGCUACUAAUGAAUAUGGUUCAAGUGAUUAUAGUGCAGUCAGCUCAAAGUUUUUUCUUCCUGCGCCCGGAGGCUUUAUACAUCCAGAAGAUGAACAAAUGGUGAUCAUUUUUGCUUCUUUGUUAGCUGCUGUAAUAUUAAUAGUGAUAUUUCUCAUUCUUGGUUUAUGUAUUGCCAAAUCUCAAAGCAAUAAGAAGAAAACCAUGCUGCAAAUGUCUAUUCAGAACCAUUCUCCUCACGUCGAGCUCGCUACUCUUCAAGAAUUACCACAAAAUGGGAACUUUGUUCAUGAAAACAAUCAGUUGUAUGGUUUAGGAGAUGCACCACCCGACGAAGAAUUGACAGGCUCGCAACAGAUCCGAAGAGAGCAAAUCAUGUUGACUAAAUUCUUGGGAAGCGGGGCAUUCGGGGAAGUGUUUGAAGGAAUCGCUCACGAGUUAAUGGGAGAAGGUACGCCGCCCGUUAGAGUAGCCGUGAAGACACUACGUAAAGGUGCCACCGAUCAAGAAAAAGCAGGAUUUUUGAAAGAAGCAAAGUUAAUGAGCAAUUUUCAUCAUGAUCAUAUAUUAAGACUGCUUGGUGUUUGCUUGGAUAACAAUAUCAACUUUAUAAUUUUGGAACUGAUGGAGGGUGGCGACUUGUUGUCUUAUCUGAGGGCAAACAGACCCACCGUGAGAUGUGCCAGUCCAUUAACCUUAGAUGAUUUGAUGAGUAUAUGUGUUCAUGUUGCUAGCGGAUGCAAAUAUUUAGAAGAAAUGCAUUUUGUACAUAGAGAUUUAGCAGCUCGUAACUGCUUAGUUUCUGGCAACGAUUCGUCAAACCGAAUAGUAAAAAUCGGCGAUUUUGGUCUCGCGAGGGAUAUUUACAAAAAUGAUUAUUAUCGUAAAGAGGGAGAAGGACUUCUUCCUGUUCGGUGGCUCUCACCCGAAUCACUAAUGGACGGCGUAUUCACUACACAGUCCGAUAUCUGGGCAUUCGGAGUUCUUCUGUGGGAAGUAAUGACGUUAGGCCAACAACCGUAUCCAGCUAGGAGCAACUUAGAAGUUUUACAGUAUGUUAGAGAGGGAGGACACUUGGAUAAGCCCGAUAACUGUCCAGAAAACUUCUACCAAUUGAUGCUCAUGUGUUGGAAUUAUAGUCCUCUUGAUCGUCCCUCGUUUACUUAUUGUCUACAGAGGCUUCAAGAACUUAGACAGACAACGGCUAAUAGACUGAUACCAUUUGCCAGUGUGCACAAUCACAUAUACUGUAGUUCAGUCACGACAGACGAUGAUUCUACUAGCAUUUUGAUCGGUGAAAAUUACAUUGACACGGAAUUAUCCAGUAUAAACACGCCUAGUUUGGAUAACAGUUAUCGUCACCGAAAUGCCAAGAGAAUAAACAGGAGACGGAAUCGAAGGAGGACAUUUUCGGUUAAUGACAGUUCUGACAGUUUGACCAGAACAGGUCUAGAAUGUGGCAUAUGGCAUACAUCGUGUCCACAAGUUAACAUGUCCCUACCCGUGGAAACCGUCAAAUAUUUAGAGCUUUUACCUGAUCAAGGAGACAGUAGCGACGGCUACGAAAUCCCGUUAAGACUACAGUUAAAGAACCGACAGCAGUAUGGUAAAAUAAACACGAACUAUCCAUCCUACUCUAGGGACCACAGACCAUACUCCAGGGACAGUAGAUCGUACUCCAGUGAACAGAGUUUUUUAUGAGAAUUACUACAAUUUUAAACUUCGGGAAAGAUUAAAAAAAAUGUAGCAAGCGGGCUACAUUCCUAAUUUAAACAUUAAAAUGGGUACAUCAAAAUGACAAAUAUGUGAUGCAGCCGGGACCAACAAGAAAUCUUGUGAUCCGACUCUGUACAGAACCGCAUCAACCUCCGCGAACAAAUGUAUUUAUGAGAUUCGAUCGAAGGGGGAAUACAGGAAACGAGCUUGACUUAUAAUCUGUGAUUUUUAAACUUAGCACACAAAGUUCUUCAGUACAAAGAGAAAAUAUAAUUAAGGAUCCACACGUUUACAGUAGAAAAACAUGGUAGGAAACAUGUACAUACGGUUUAUUGUAGAGUACAAAGUAAUGCUUAUUAGAUUAUCUAAUAAAUUAUUAGUAGUUGCGGCGACUAGAUGAAAAACACAUAUAUUAUUUUUUUUAUUUUAAUUACUUCAACUAUAUAAUUGUCUUUCCUAAAAAAAUUUAUAACUCUUACACAGAAA